AUGCAGUCCAUCGCCGCCUCGAACAAGAUCGCCCCGGCCAACGCCUCCGUCAGGCCCACCAGCGCCAAGGCUGCCCGCCGCGCCGCUUCGAUCGUCCCCAACGCCACGCAGGACAGCAAGGGCGCCAAGGAGCCCGCGGGCGAGGAGAGCAACUUCUGGAAGAAGAUGUUCCUCGCCGACGGCAAGGAGGAGGUGUCCUCCUCGGACUACCAGAAGUUCCAAGCCGAGAUGGCCGCCAAGAAGGCUGCCAACAAGGAGAAGGCCGCGGCCAAGGAGGGCGGCUGCGUCGUCAUGUGA